CUGCUCCCGGGCCGUUGACACACUGUUACUGUACAUAGUGGGUUUAGAUGAAGCUGUUGUUUCCUGGAGUGAGGAACAUCGGCACAGUUCCCAAAGUGAUGCACACGCAGGCCCAGGGUGUCCCCAGCUGAAGACAGAGAGGUCGCGAGUGAGGAAAGAAGGCACCGGAACAGCCAGCAACAUGGUACCAAAACUGCUCUGGCUCCAGGACAGGACAGCUGUGAUCGUGCUGUAUUUGCGGCGUACCCUGAUGCGUGCUGCCAUCCUGCUCUGCGCUGUGGUCCUAGAGCUCUGGGUGGCCGUCUUCUUGUACGCCAGCUUCUACUACUCCUACGUGCCGACCGCCAGCUUCGCAGCACCCGUUCACUACUAUUACAGGACAGACUGUAACUCCUCAGUCUCGGCCCUCUGUUCCUUCCCCAUGGCUAACGUCUCCUUCCUGAGAAACGACGUACACAAGGUAAUGACAUAUGGCCAGCCUUAUCGGAUCUCUCUGGAGCUUGAAAUGCCUGAAUCGCCAACUAAUCAGCAGCUGGGUAUGUUCAUGGUCAAGAUGUCCUGCUACUCCAAGGAGGGUCACACUGUCUCAUCUGUGGCUCGUUCAGUCAUGCUGCACUACCGUUCCAAGCUAUUGCAGACCCUGAGCACUCUGGCAUUCUCUCCACUCCUGCUGUUGGGGCUGCUGGAGGAGAAGCAGUUGGUGAAGGUGGAACUGUUCUCUGACUACAGAGAUAAUCCUUACCAGCCCACCACUGGAGCCCUGAUUGAGAUCCAGACUCGCAAGAUCCAAAUCUAUGAUGCUCAGCUCCGAAUCCAUGGUCACUUCACUGGCAUCAGGUACUUCCUGUGCAACUUCCCUCUGCUGUCGGCUGUGGUGGGCGUGGUCACUAACUUCAUCUUUCUCAGCACCAUAGUCCUCAUGAGCUAUCUGAAGAUUGUGUGGGGUGGGAUUUGGCCCCCGGAGCAGGUCAGAGUCAGGGUAAUGAUGGGGGACGCAACUCGCUUGCAGCAGAGGCGGGAGGAGGCUCGCAAGCGCAUUGGGUCUGCUGGGACGCUGGCGAUGAGCUACCCCACGGAGGAGGCCCCGCUGCUGUUGGGGGCAGUCGAAACAGGGGGUGCAGAGGUCAGCAUGGAGGAGCCGCACUGCUCCCAGCAAGGAGUGGAAGCUGAAGACGGGAUGUGGACGGGUGUGUCCUCACAAGAGUCACAGGACACCGACCCUCACCUUCGCCUGAGACAUGGGCGUUCGGUAAGAUGAGCACUCGGGCUGCAUCUGUUCAGCCAAUCAGAGCUGAGUACUCUUCUUCACGCACCAGAGACGAACACUCCUCUCAUGCCUUUUCCUGUUCACAAUGGGACAGAUCCACACACAGUUUUCUACUCCGCUUCUUACCUCACUCUUCUUACUGUCGUACUUUCCAUAAAGAUUUGAGCUAAAAGAAGUGAUAUGCAAGACUAUAAAAACAUGUUUUAAAGGUGAUUUGAUCUUUCCAUAGUGUUUUUUCAAAGAUGUGAGUGAAAACGUACACUUAAAAUUCUUUCUGGCAUGAAAGUAAAGCUAAUGUAACCAGUUAUGAAGUAUAUCUCAUAUCUGCUUAUGCUGACUUUUAAUCGCAGCUCUGCUCUCGUUUGUCAGAAUGUUACUGGAUUACAUAGACCACUUUGGUUUUUAAAAACCAACAGUUUACAUAAAUCACAUGAUGAGACACAACACACAGCUGCAGUGAAAAUGGCUGGUGUGUAUCACGCAGGGCUGUGUGAUGUUCUCAGAUAGGUCAGAUGAACAAGUUACAGUAGAUUGAAGUUUUUUAUAAGAGUUUUUUUUCCAUGCAUUUCAUUCCUUCGUUACAGGACAUCAUGUUAAAAAAUGUCAUGUAUUACAUUUAAUAACAUGCUUAUUUACUUUGGUUGGUUGCUGCUUUAUCAAGGAAAAUGAUAUCUCACUUAUUUAGUGGGUGCUUGUUUUUUUGUGGUUCUUUGUAAUUACCAAAUAUAUGAAUGAUGUUACUGGAGUGGGUUCAAGGCCACUGGUUCCCAGUGUGUCACGGCUAUAGCAUAAGCAGAGUGGUGUUAUUUACAGUUUCUAUAAGCUUAGUGGAGUUUACAGUUAUUGGGUAAAGAGACAUUCCCACCAUGCAGCAGGGACUGAUAUUUACCCAAUAUGUCAUGCGGGGUGGGGUGAAUAUUCAUGUCACUUUAAGCCAUAAAACUGCUACUAGGAGCACCAAGAAUUAUGACAUGGACAUAUGGUGCUCCUGCACAGGGGUGUACAAAUGCAGUGAGCUAUGGCUAUUUAAGUUAUUUUAGUUUUAAUGAGAAUGUCGGUUUUUAUUUUGGUUUUUUUAGAAUGUGUGUUUACCUUGUUCAACAUCCUAUUACUAUAUUUACAGUGCAUAUUGUAGUUUUUAUUCGGUUGUUAUAUUUUGUUUUGAGUGAGUUGUACUCCUGUAGGAUCCCACUGGAGAACUGCGACUGUUUCCAAGUUGGUAAAUAGUAGAUAUACAGCUAUUUUUUUAAUAAACAAGCUUUAUUUUGUUUAUUUAUUUUAUUAUAUCUUUCUGCCUGCUUUAUGACCACAAUAAAUAAACAUUUCAAAUUCAGGUACCGCAUGUUUACUUCUGUCCUAGUUAUACCUAAACAUUUGGUUAGCAACUCUUCUUUGUUUUCUGUAGUGUUUAACUGUAGAGGUAUGAAUGUCUAUAUUAGAGUGGCUGUACUGCCAUCCUGCCAUGGCUAAGCUGUCACAUAUUGUAAAAUAUGUGUCAUACAAAUAAAAUAUUCCACACCAGUUUUCUGAUG